CUUGCAAAACUUAAUGUUCUAAGAAAAAAAUAAUAAAACUUCACUUUGCCUUUAGAAGAUCCAUCUGUGAUUCCAGAUAUGACACUCUCAGAAGCACAAUGGAACAAUGUCCUGGCAUUCUGGGCAAAACAUAUUGAGAAUGAUCCUACAAAACAUGGCCAUGAGGUUUUAAUUCGCUUGUUUUUGGAAAGUAAGGCGGCCCAAAACCUCUUUGAUAAAUUCAGGCAUUUAGGUUCAGAAGCAGAGAUGAGAAGUUGUGCCGACCUACAGAAACAUGGCAACACUGUCUUCACUGCCUUGGGAAAAACCCUGAAGCUGAAGGGCCACCAUGAUGCUGACCUUCGCCCAAUGGCCGAGUCACAUUCUCACAAGCACAAGAUCCCAGUGGAGAACUUCACGCUCAUCUGCAGUAUCAUCGACAAGUACCUGCAUGAGUCAUUCUCGGAUUAUACAGGAGAUACUAGAGAAUCCCUCAAAUCUGCUCUUGGUGGUGUUUGCCACAGUCUGGAAAAACUGUACAAAGAAGUGUAAAGAUGGAAAAUGCUUUGAUAUUUACCAGUCAAGAAAAGCAACACCAUCAUUCUUACCUUAUUCUUCACGUAAUAAUAUCACUACCUGAGAUUAACUUUACUUGAUUAACAGUGACUGAGUAUAAAGGAAAUGUUUUAUGUGAUCUAUUAUGAAUAGUACUAAACUCUUUGUGGAUAUAAAGGAGUGCCACAUUUUUUAAUAUACUGUACAUUUUGUUAGGUCUUUUCGUUAGAACAAAUAAUACAAAGUGGUUGACUGAUCACGCUACAUAAAAGAUAAACUGUAACUACAAGAGCUGACUGUUCUGCUAGUCAAUAUAAAUGAGAAGCUGUUAUUUGGCUGUUGUUGUUAUCAGGGACAUCUGCAGUAGUAAAUAUAUGCAUGAAUUAGGCAGUGAGCAGUGGCACAAGUACAAAAUCUACAUACUGUGCACUGACACAACUAGGGUAGGCAGGAUGUGGAACUGUAAAACACACAUACAGUCUGUGGUAACAGCAGGGCAAAGCAGACACCACAAAUAUAUUCUAAAAGAAUGUAUCAUUAAUGGUGGCAGUUAGGAGAUGCUAUGUGGUCUUUGUACUUGUGUCAAAUCAGAUGACUAUUGCUGUAUUUUCCUGAAGAGUCUAGAAGUGACAUAUAAAGACUGGCUAUACACAACUGCUGUUUCAGUCUGUUCAAUGAGCAGAAGGAUUUAAUAUUGCUAAAAUGAUUAAUAAAAUGGUGAAAAUGAAAUAAAA